AUAAAUCAAACUCCUUGAGACUGAUUUUCUCACUCUGAAAUGAAAAAUAUAGUUUUUAUUGGGCUUCAUCCAACAAUAUUUCCAUUUUGUAUUUUUCCAGGGCAUAUGACAAAGCAGCUAUCAAAUGCAAUGGAAGGGAAGCAGUCACGAACUUUGAGCCUAGUGCCUAUGAGGGGAGAUCAGUGGAGCUGCCAAAGAUGGAGAUGCAGGUAGAGGUGACAAUCUUGAUCUCAACCUGUGGAUUUCUCCAGCUUCAGAUGGGCAGAAGGAAAUUGGUGAUUCAAAAAGUUCCUGUGCCCAUUAUGCAGCUUCUGAUGACAAAAUGAUAAAGGUGGAGAACUCCUUCAAUACUCCUGAAUAUCUACCAAUGGCAUCGCAAGAUUCUUCAGUUUGGACCCACACAUAUUCUGGUUUUGGUCCAAAGAAUGAGGAAAGAGCAAGGAAAAUGAGGCCUGAAGGCAUUCCGAUACCAGGAUUAUCAAACUGGCCAUGGAAAAUGCAUUGCCAUGGUGUGAUCACCUCGGUGCCUUUGUUUCCUUCUGCAGCAUCAUCAGGAUUCUCCACAGUGACUGCCACUUCAACCACGCUUGUGUCAACGAAUGCCCCAAAUAAGAUUGUCCACACCUCUGCCUUCCAGCACCCUCCUUUGACCCUUAAUUACAAUUAGCAAGCAUCAUCAUGAAGUACAACCUCUUUGAACAACGUUUGUUGGGGCUUGGAAUUCAGCUGGCAAAGGAAUCCACUCUGUUCAGUGCGGGGUUUCAUUUCUUCUAUGAUUCAUGCAUAUAUGAUAGAAACAAAGAUAUUUUGAACAUAUACAAUGGGGUAUAGGUUAGUGCAAAAUUGUGUAGAAUUGCUGCCAUGAGAAUUGUUGUAUAGCCAUUCACACUGUUUGGAACGUGGAAGUGCUCCACUGACUGCAAAGAAGCACGGCUUCUCUUGAGCAAAGAACUCAAGCUGGUUCAGUCCUGCUUGACCUAUACAAUGUUACCUAUACUACAAAUGGAAACUUGAGGUAUGCCAAAGCUCAUACUUCUAACUGGUGGUUUAAAGUCACUCUUUUAACUGCAAAAUGAAACUCGUGGUUUUUGCUCA